AUGGCCGCCGGCCCCGCACCCUCCGGCGGGCGCGCCCGCGCGCAGAGGCUGCAUCUGAGCAAGAUGGAGCGGGUGGUCCUGAGCAUGCAGGACCCCGACCAGGGCGUCAGGAUGCGGAGCCAGCGCCUGCUCAUCACCGUCGUCCCCCACGCGGUGACCGGCGGCGACGUCGUGGAGUGGCUGAUCCAGAAGUUCUGCAUCUCGCAGGAGGAGGCCCUGCACCUGGGCACUCUUCUGGUGCAGCAUGGCUACAUAUACCCACUGCGGGACCCUGGCAUCCUGGUGCUCCGGCAGGACGAGACGCCCUACAGGUUCCAGACACCGUACUUCUGGACAAGCACCCUGUGGCCAGCCGCCGAGCUGGACUAUGCCAUCUACCUGGCCAAGAAGAACAUGCGGAAGCAGGGGUCCCUGCUCGACCAUGAGAAGGAGCGCUAUGACCAGCUGCACAAGAGGAUCAACCACGCGUGGGACCUGGUGCUGAUGCAGGCCAGAGAGCAACUGCGGGCAGCUAAGCAGCGCAGGAAGGGGGACAGGCUGGUCAUUGCAUGCCAGGAGCAGACUUUCUGGCUGGUGAACAGGCCCCCGCCCGGGUCCCCCAAUGUGCUGGAGCAGGGUCCAGAGCUCAGCUGCUGCGCCGCCAGCCCAGUGCAGAUGACCAAGAGCUCGGAUUUCUAUAAGCAGGAGAUUGAGUGCUGCAGGAAGGCCCUGGGCAGGGCCCGGGUGAAGUCUUCUGUCUGCCUUGAGGCGUACCUGCAGUUCAGCGUCCAACACAGGCUGCACGACCCCAUGCUGUCGGGCUGCCUGCCCGGCAACCCCUGGAUCACAGACAGCGCCGCCUACUGGGCUGUGAACUCGCCCACGGCGGCGGCACCUACAAAGCUCCGCGUGGAGCGCUGGGCCUUCAGCUUUCAGGAGCUGCUGGAAGACCCCGUGGGGCGGGCCCAUUUCAUGGACUUUCUCAGGAAGGAGUUCAGUGCUGAAAACCUCAGCUUCUGGGAGGCGUGUGAGGAGCUUCGCUACGGAGGGCAGGCCCAAGUCCCUGCCCUGGUGGACGCCGUGUACCAGCAGUUCCUGGCUCCUGGCGCUGCCCACUGGGUCAACAUUGACAGCCGGACGAUGGAGCGGACCCUGGAAGGGCUGCGCCAGCCCCACCGCUACGUCCUGGAUGACGCCCAGCUGCACAUAUACAUGCUCAUGAAGAAGGACUCCUACCCUAGGUUCCUGAAGUCUGACUUGUACAAGGGCCUGCUGGCGGAGGCAGGGAUCCCGCUGGAGACGAAGAGACGGGUGUUCCCGUUCCCACGGAAGCCGUGGCACGCAAGCCCCAGCCCUGCUCUCCUUCCUCCCUCUGGGGAGCCCAUGGUGGCUGGCGGCCCUGACGGUGGUGACAGCGUGGCCUAGGUGGACCUGGCCCCUGUCGUCCUCACCUCCUACCUCCCAGGCCCUCCUGCCCAACACCCUGCUGACUGCACGGUCACCCUCCCCCUG